UUCAAGUGUGACUUGAAACUUUUGAAUCGUGACAGUGUCUUGAAAGAUUGUUGAUUAUACUUACUUGGCGAUUGUGAAAUAAUGCUCGUUAAUUUUUGCGACAAAGUUUUGCGAACAGAUGUGACGUGCAGUGCAGUUAGCACUGAAGGUUAUGAAGUAACCAAUUUGACGAGUAAUGACUCUGAGAAAGGAUUCUUAGCUUAUUCGUGCAUCAGACCUCCGAUUACAAUUGACUUUAAUUUUAUUUGCAACAUUAAACUGAGUCAUGUGCUUGUGUGGCCACAAGUUGGAGCACAAAAGUCGUCUGGUUUCAAGUUGUCUGUCAAAUCAGCUGAUGCCAGUAAUCAACCAUUCGUUGAUGUUUCAACUGGAUUUUUACAGAAACAAGAGUCAGGCAUUUUUUUCUUCAGAAAGGAUAUUUCACACUAUGCCGAAGUACAAAAGCCAUCAACUUUUGCCGAACGUUACAUAAAGUCUUUAGCUGUUACAAAUUAUGUGAGUACCUUACGUUUGAGUAUAUUGAAGACUGACAACUCAGUACCUGCUGUGAGUAAAAUUGAAAUAUGGGGCUUGGUUUCUCCCAAGUGCCCCAGAGAUGUGGUGAUGAAUGUCAUGGCACUCUUGGCAAAUAAAAAUAAACCGAUUGAUAGUACAAAAAUCUUUAAAAGUACUCCAACGACAAAAAUCUGUGAUAAAGACCAAGACAAGAAAUGUGAACAGUUGGACAAAAAUCUCGAGGUACCUGAAGAUUUUUUGGAUCCAAUAACCUUGGAUAUAAUGACUCAGCCCGUUAUUUUACCAAGUGGUAAGAUAAUUGAUCAAAAGACUUUGGAAAAACACGGGCAUAAUGAAGCAGUCUGGGGAAGGCCUGUCAGUGAUCCAUUUACAGGAAUUCCCUUUAGUGAUGUUCGUAAACCAAUAGCUGCUUUUCCGUUAAAAGAGAGAAUCGACAAAUUUCUUCUUGAAAACAGCAACACGGAAGAAGUUAAAAAAUUACCUCGAGUUUUAGGCUGUAAAAUGACAGAGCAAAAUGAAACUAUAAAAGUGAUAGGUUGUGUAAAUAACAGUCCUGUUAAUAUUAUAAAUAGAGACUUGUUGAAAAGGACAUUAUCAAAUCAAGAAGAUAAUUCUUGCGUUAAAAAAUCCAGGCAUCUAUUACCAGUUAUUUCACUUAGCAGUAGAAAUUCCUUAAUAAAACCAUUAAAAAUGACUUCAGUGGCUAAAGAAGGUACAAGCCAAGAAGAUAUAAAAAAAAGAAAUGCGGAAAUUGAGGACAAAUUAUAUUCGAAAAUUCAAAUUUUUAACACGCCAACUUGUGGAUGUUGUUCAAAUUGUAUAUUGUAUCAAUUACCUUGCAAACAUGUUAUAUGUAGAAAAGCUUUGUUAGCACUUGAAAAAAAUCAAUGUACUACAUGUAAACAAGAAUUCAAAAAAAGCGAUCCUCAAAGGUUUCAUGUAUUAAAUGGAUGUAAGCAAGACUAAAAAUAUGUAUUCAAAGUAAUUUAUUAAAAGUAAACUUUUUACAUAAAAUCAGCUAAGGUGAAUACAUAA